AUGCCAAACCAAUACAAGAUUCCCGCGACGCCGCGUGUGAUCUCACCGUCGCCGACACCUUCGGACCUUUCAGAGUCGAGAGAGCACAUCUCAGAUAAAGGGCCGCUCGCGUCUCCUCCGCCUAUCCCGGAAGAAGAUCCAGUUGCCGACGAUGCAUCCGGCUCAGAUUCUAGCUUGAACAAACGAUCUCGAACUCGAUCCCGAAGUCCGAUGGUGCUCUCGUCUUCUGUACAGCGCAGGCGCAAAUCCAACUCUGGAACUGGCGAAAAGGCUGCGUUGGUAGCAAACGGACACACGUCGGCAAAUGGCCAUCUCUCACCAUACUCGAGCGCUCAGGAAAACUGGCGUGUUAUUUCACGGUCUCCCUCUCCUCUCGGCCUGAUUCCCCUCCAUUCUCAUUAUAGAACCUUCAUCCAUCGCCAUGAGAUUCCGCGGAAGCUGCUACAUGUUUCCAUCGGCUUUGUUGCCCUCGAUUUCUUCCGCAGGGGGGUACAAGCAAACCAGUUAACACCCUGGUUGUUCUCUGCCUUCAUUCCUAUUUCAGCAACGGACUUCCUACGCCACCGAUUCCCGGCCGUCAAUAGGUUCUAUAUCCGCUGUCUUGGGGCUCUGAUGCGCGAGACCGAAGUGUCGGGCUUCAACGGCGUGAUUUGGUACAUCUUGGGCGUCGUUAUAGUCCUCCACUUCCUCCCCAAGGAUGUUGCCAUGGUGUCUGUCCUACUACUUAGCUGGUGUGACACAGCCGCUUCGACGUUUGGUCGCCUCUACGGUCGCUAUACGCCACGUCUUCGACGUGGAAAGAGCUUGGCUGGAACGCUUGCUGCCUGGGUUGUCGGCGUGAUGACUGCCGUCGCUUUUUGGGGAUAUAUUGUUCCCGCAGUAGGAUCAUUCCCUAACGAUCCGGAAGACGCCAACAUGUUUUCUGGCUCUAUCAGGCUUCUGCCCUCCGCUGCAACCAAGCUUUUGGAGUGGAUCGGCCUCCCAACUCCCACCUCUAAUAGCUCCAUCGUCUCUGGCCCACUUGCUCUCGGAAUUGUUAGCUUGUGGACUGGCGUCGUGGGCGCUGGAAGUGAGUUGAUCGACCUUUUUGGCUUCGAUGAUAACCUGACCAUCCCACUUCUGAGCGGAAUUGGACUGUGGGGUUUCUUCAAGGUCUUUGGUGCCUAA